AUGUCGUCCGGAAUGACUCCCGUGUUCACGAAAGAUGCCUGCCCUCCUGCUGGCCCCUACAGCCAGGCCAUCAAGGCCGCCGGCCAGAUCUGGGUGGCCGGACAGAUCCCCGCCGACUCGACGGGCAAACUGGUCGAGGGAUCUAUCACCGACAAGACUACGCAGUGUUGCGAGAACAUCAAGGCCAUCCUGGAAGCUGGGGGAAGCGAGCUGGGCAAGGUCGUCCGGGCGGGGGUCUUUCUGUCCGACAUGAAGCAUUUUGGUGAAAUGAACGCCGUCUAUGAGAAGUACUUCUCACACAAGCCCGCGAGGACGUGCGUGGCGGUACGGGAACUACCCAAGGGGGUCGACGUCGAGAUCGAAGCAAUUGCUCUUCAAUGA